AUGUCCACCUCCAUCCCCGACAACCAACUGGGCCUCUCGCAGAGCGAAGUCCAGCUCCUCCGCCAGCACCAGCAGAUAGCCCUUUCGCAGCAGGGCAGCUCCUCCUCGCGCGCCGCGUCCCAUGCAUCCAGCCAGGGCCGUCUCCUCCUGGAUCCCACAAGCCUGCAGGCGCUCAGCGCCCACUUUGACCGUCUGAUGUACUCGAUCCAGCAGCGCUGGCACUAUCUCAACCAGCAGACGCAGACGGCUACGACGCUCCAGUCCAACCGCGCCGGCCACGCUAUCCAGGAUGCCGAUGCCGAAAUCGCGCGCUUCCGGGCCAUCCUGCGCGAAAUCGACGAGCUCCAGGUCGAAUUCGACAAGGUGCGGCGCAUCGGCGAGAUAGUAAAGGGCUUCAAGGCGCGCGUUCGGCGUCUUGAACGUCGCAUUUAG